UAUAAAAAGUCAGGAUUAUGGCAAGAAGUUUAGAAUAACCUUGAAUUGAAAAGGAAAAAAAAAAGAACAUUCUUCAAAUCAACUAAUUUUAACGAUUACAUCAAUUAAAGUAGAGCUUGCGGCCAUGGAAGCUCCACGAUUAUGUCACGUAAUUCUCUCUUUUUCUGCCAUGAAUAAACAUACAUAGCUCUGAAAUCGCCAUCUCCGUCUCCUCCAAAAUUGACCCAAUUUCCGUCAGAGACACCAAAAUCCACCCUCCAAUAAAGUAGCUAAAAACAGCAAACAAUGGAUCAUUACAGAGUAUUAGGGUUAACACGAAGCGCGAGCAAGGAAGAAAUCAAGCAAGCGUUUCGGAAAUUAGCAAUGGAAUUUCAUCCCGACAAGCACGCACAUUCUUCACAUCAGUUAAAGGAAAACGCUACGCUCAAAUUCAAGCAAGUUUCUGAAGCUUACGAGACUCUGAUCGACGAUCGCAAGCGCGCCGAUUACAACAUCCGGUCCAAUAGUUACCGGAAUUCAGCGAAUAAUUACGGUGGUAGUAGUGGCAAUUAUAACCGUAGUUAUCAGAACGGGUAUAGGAAUAGUUAUGGUUAUGGUUAUGGGUAUAGUCGGCCUGCUGAUGCCGGCGGUUCUGCUAGCAUUGUUACCAAAUUCGAGAUGGUUCUGCGAUUCAUGACGACUCGGGCGUUUCUCCUCAAUGCUGCACUUGCUGGUGUAUUGUUAGGUGCAACAUAUGUAGUUGAUGCAGGUGGGGAGGCACUAUGGAAGAUGCAAAAUUCUGGAAAAUCGUUUGAAGAAGCAAUGGAAUCUGUAGAAAAAGCUAAAGCAUUUGAUGACAAAAGAUGAAAAGGGUUCUGCUGUAUAGUUGUUUGUUUUUGUCGACGGGUUCGAAAUUGCUCAUGGAGAAACCCUGCAUCAUACCUUUGAGAAACGGAAAUAAGCCAUUGCAAUUUACAAAUGGCUGUCAAAAUUGCUCAAUUUUUUUUAUAGAGAAUUUUUUAAGGGGGUUGAGCAGCGAUGCAUCCUUGUAUAUAAGAAAGAAAUUAUAUUGGCUGGCACUGCUGUUCUUGUAUCAUGUGAUAUUAUAAUUAUAACCAAUUAAAAAUGUGUAUAGAUAUGUCCUGUAGGUCGUCAAAUAAAUAUAACUUGACUUGCCUAAAGUAUAACAUGUCAAGUCUUUAGUGGGGGUAUUUGGUUGGUAAAUAAGACCUUAUAGUCGUGGAAUGAAUUUUAGUAUUUUCUACU